UUCAUUUCCCCGCCUUUCCUUUCUACAAAACUUUAUUGGGGGAUGGGGCGUUGUUGGCGCCAAAGCUUCUGAACAGAAUCCAACACAAAAAGGCAAUUACCCUUAGAGAGAGAAAUUGUGACAAGGGAAAAGAGAGAGAAGGAAAAUGAGUUCGAAACAUCCUACACUCAGGGUUUUCGGCCAGAAAUCAAUUCCUUCCACAUUCCUCUUUCGAUCUUUGAAUCACAAACAGGCAAGUCAUUGUAAAGAGGAUGUGAAGAUUAACGCUCCCGGUAAAGGUUCGCGCGUUUCGCUCUCCGAUUUCCUCAACAAAAAGCUGCAUAAGAGUUCUGUUUUGCCAAAUUCAGUCAUGGGAAAGGAGAGGCCCUUCUUGUCCCCUGUGGGCAGUAGUGAAGAGAAUGAGUCUAAUCAAGGACUGAAUGGGCCAAAGAAAAAAGGAGAAACAGAAGUGAAAUCUGUUGUUGAUGUAGUUUUUGAACAGUUCAAGUGUACUAGGAAAGAGAAGGAAGAUGCUCUUAGAUCAUGUGAUGAUGGUGAGUUUGUAAGUUCUGGCACAGAUGCUAUGGAAAGACGAAGGAAAAGGAAAAGCCCAUUAGGAGGUGGAGAUGGGGAACAAUCUGCUCAAAAGAAUAUUGUAGUUCUCGGUGAAGGCCACCCAAAUCCCAUUCAUCCAACACCCACUUCGAAAGGCAAGGAUCUGAGUUUGGUACCAACCAAGAAGCCAAGACAUCAAUUUAAUCACUAUGCAAACGGGAGUGGCUGGUGGAACUGCGAUAUGGCAGGUGUGGAUAAUGAAGAAGUAGGAAGCAAUGAAGUUUGGGAAGGGGUCGGUUCUACCACGUUGGGGGGACUGGAAUGGAAUUGAUUGUAAAUAAUCUCUACAAGUACGCCGGGAUCCGAGGAUUCGGUUUCGCCUUUAUCUUUUUGCUGGGGUUAACCAAGUAUUCCUAUUAUGGGAACUGAUCUUUGCAGUGGACAUUCGUAAGUUUGUAUGGGGCACAUUUACCAGAAUCGAGACCAUGCAAAUCCUUGGUAACUAUUCUACGCCUUUAUUGCGGCUUGUUCAAGGCGAGUUUCGUUUGCCAAGUUCGUUGGUUCCAUGUUUUCAACUUCUGAAGUGUUUUACCUUUCCCGAGCCUGUAUUAAGACAAAUAAUCUACGUGAAGCAGCAUAUCAAAAGCCAAUUAAACUUUGUAUUUUUAGUGUUUGUCAGCACUCUUACUUUGGCCACUUGAAGUCCUGCAAUGAGAAUAUGGCCUUUGGAUUUUGCUA